AUGUCAGACCACUCUCACCACUCUCACGGCCACGAUGGUCAUCCUCACCCGGACCACGCCUCUGCCCACCAGCAUGCCGCACAUCACGCAGCUACCGCGAUCUCAAACACGGGCGGGUCCGACUUCACCUCCCACAACCGCGCACACUGGGAUUCGAUGGCCAAGUCCUACACCUCUCAGCCGUGGCAGAAGGACAUCGUCACGCGCGUGACCGCAUUCCUACAAUCCAAUCUCGAGUUUCUCGGGCUUCCCACCUCUACGCAAGUACCGCACGAGCCCCGCGUCCGAGUCCUCGACUACGCGUGCGGGCCUGGCACUGUGACAUUUGCGCUCGCUGGACACGCUGACGAGUUUGUCGGCCUGGAUCUAAGCGAUGGCAUGGUAGCCGAAUACAACUCACGAGCCCAGCGAGAAGGUCUUGACAUCGCACACGCCACCCAGGCCGACCUCCUCUCCAAGGACGAAGACACCAUGGCAAAGACGACCGCAUCCUUUUCGGGUCCCGAACACCAUGAUUUUGACCUCGCCAUAGUCGGCCUUGGCUUCCACCACUUCGAGGACCUGCCCCACGCCACCAAGAUCCUAGCCGACAGGCUCAAACCAGGCGGUACGCUGGCGAUAGUGGAUCUGAUGAGCCAUGAGAUGGAGGAUAAUCCGACAAAUAUCAAGAAGAUCGUGGCGCAUGCUGGCUUUGGUCAGGAAACGGUGAAGAAGUUGUUCGAAGAGGCGGGUGGCUUGGUCGAUGUGGAUUGGACACCUAUGGAGGGCGAGAUUAUGAUUGCGGGCAAGAACCCGAGGAGGGUAUUUCUGGCGAGGGGUCGCAAGCCAGGCCGUGAGAAGCUGUGA